GGCCGGACGGGCACGUGACGCGGUACGGGCUGGAGUGGCUGGUGAAGAACAGCUACGAGGGGCAGAAGCAGCAGGUCAUGCACCCGCGGAUCCUCUGGAACGCCGAAAUCUACCGCCGAGCCCAGGUGCCGUCCGUCGACUGCCGGAGUUUCCUGGAGACGGACGAGGGGCUGAAGGAGUUCCUGCAGAACUUCUUGCUGUACGGGAUCGCCUUUGUCGAGAACGUCGCUCCCACCAAAGAGGACACCGAAAUCUUGGCGGAAAGGAUCAGCUUGAUCAGGGAGACCAUUUACGGCCGCAUGUGGUACUUCACCUCCGACUUCUCGCGGGGAGACACGGCCUACACCAAGCUGGCUCUGGAUCGGCACACCGACACGACCUACUUCCAGGAGCCCUGCGGGUAG